GAGCCGGAGACAGACUGCCGUCACUCCUCUUGGAGGCGGGCUCAGUCAGUGAAACUCCACUGCCAUUUGUCCAGAACCCCGCAGUAACCAGGGGAACUGCAAACAGUGUAGAGGCCGCUUCCGGUUCUAAUACCCGGAACCGCCGCCUUUAGGGAUGGACGGUCAGACUCUGCGAAAGGCUGAGAGAAGCCGGUCCUGCUCACGGGAGAAAAAGGAGGGUUACACUAAGGACAUGGUGACAGACUUUGAUGAGAAACAUGAUGAGUAUUUAAUAUUGCUUCAGCAGAGGAACCGGAUAUUAAAGCAUUUGAAAACUAAGGACCCCAUGCAAUUGAGACUGGAGCACUUGGAGCAAGGGUUCUCUGUCUAUGUCAACGGGGCCAAUUCUGAACUGAAGACAGCACCGCGGAAAGCCAUCCAUGCUGACUUAAGAAGUGUCUCGCUAACUGAGGGGACACACGAUAGUGGACGAAGAGCCCUGUCUCGAGAAGCUGAAGAAGCUUUAAGACGCAAUUCAUGGACAGCCCCCAGCAAAGUCCAGCGCCGAGGAUGGCACCAGAAAUCUGUGCAGAUCAGAACGGAAGCUGGCCCACGGCUGCACAUUGAGCCUCCUCUGGACUAUUCUGAAGAUUUUGAGCCAUGUGGGGAUGUGACUGUCAAGGCAAAGGAUCCUUCUGGAGAUCAUCCACAGGAUACCAAAUCUCCCACCAGCACCACACCCUGUGAUUUUAAUUUCUCCCUUUUGAAUGCACAUGGACACCCUGACCUUCCAAGCAGUAUGGACAAAGAAAGGAUCCUCUUAACUAUUCAGGAUGUAAUGAAGCUAAGAAAAAGCCUGGAACUCAGUGUAAAUCUGCAAAGGAGCCAGAAGGAUUGUUCCAGUGAUGAGUAUGACUCUAUUGAAGAAGAUGUGGUCUCUGAGCCUGAGCCCGAGCACCGGGUGCUGGUGGACCAUCCCAGAGAUGACCCCCCUCUUUCCAGUGUGAUCUCAGUGCAGAAGGAUGUUGCUGAGGACCGGGAGACAGAAGGGCGCCAUCCCCAAGGCCCAGACACCCUUGUGGUGCUAGAAUUUAACCCAGCUUCUAAAAGUAAUAAAAAGGAAAGGAAUCUGUCUGCUAAGCGGAAGGACAAUGCUGAGGUCUUCAUUCCCAGCAAGCCUGCGCCAAACCUGAAUGCCCAGCCCCCCGCCAUGUACUCAGACCAGGAGAAGGCAUGCUCAAGACCUGGAAGCCGACGAGAGAGACCUCUAUCAGCAGCCCGAAAACCCGUGCAAGAGGCUGAGGACCGAGAGGAAGAUGCCUCAGCUGUGCUCAGGGCCAUCCAGGUGGAGAAUGAAGCCUUGCAGAGGGUGAUCCUCAACAGAAAAGCUGAGCCAUCUGCCAGCACAAUGCAGGACACAGAGACACCACCAGCAAAAUCAUGGACCAAUCUACUAAAGGAAAAGGAAGAGACCCCUGAGCUACAUCCCAUCGCCCUGGUGACCAGCAAGCAGGAGCCGUCCAGGGCAGCAGGGGGAGCCAGAGCCAUCAGCGAAGCCAUUGACAGAAUCGGCCUUUUGGGGAGCAGGUACUUACCAAGACAACAGCAGAAACUUCUGAAAGUCCUCCAGGCCAUCGAAUGUGACUCUGCCCAUCUCCGCUGGGUUGUUUCACCAACUGAGGAGCAAGUGCUGGACCCAGAGGACAAGUCAAGAAUGAAAGCAGAAGAAAUCAGAGAUGCCAUCUACGUGACCAUGGAAAUCCUAUCCAACUGGGGCAACACCUCAUGGGUGGGUCUCACGGAAGUUGAGUUCUUUGACCUGAACAACACAAAGCUUUAUGUGUCGCCUCAUGAUGUGGAUAUCCAGAACACGGACACACCUGGGGACCUGGGCCACCUGGUCAAUAGGAACUUAGCUGUAAGUGGAGGUGGCUCUGGGAGCAAGGAAGACCUCUCCCUGUGGACGUGCGCCUUCCACCCACCACUCCAGCUCUUUUUUGUGAUCCGCAACACGAGACAGCUGCAUGACUUUGGUCUAGCCAAGAUCAAGGUUUGGAAUUACUGGGCAGCUGAUGGGAAUCUUGACAUUGGUGCCAAGAAUGUGAAGCUUUAUGUCAACGAAAACCUCAUCUUUGAUGGCAAGUUAGACAAAGGAGAUGGAGAGGCCCCUGCUGACCAGAGCAUCUUGGUGUGCCUGAAAAAUGAGAAGAAUGAGAGAAUGGAGAAUGCCAUUGAUGCCCACCAGGAGGAAAGCAGAGGUGCCCACAAGGUGGCUGGCACAGAUGGGGACAGGGAGCACAGUCUCAUGUACUCACAGCCAGCUGGAGCAAUAGUAAUGAAUGAUUCUUCACAAGGAAACUUGUUUAGUGAAAGGAUGAAUACUCCUGAUUGCAUGAAAGCCAAUUUAUCCAAGUUAGAGGAAGAUUUCAGCUUGUUAGUGGCCCCAGCUUCAAUGGGUGGCAUGCCUGGUGCCCCUCUCCCCUCCCCACCUGUGGAAUGUUUUCCUCUUGAGCAGGAACUCUCUCUGAUUCAGCAGCUGGAAAACCUCACUGGCAGAAAAGUCUCUGAGACACCAGGGAAAACCCCAUCCUGGUUACAACCUUCCCCCACAGGGAAAGGAAGGAAGCAGAGAGGCGGGAAGCCAAAACCCCUUUGGCUGAGUCCUGAGAAGCCACUGGACUGGAAAGACAGGCUUCCAUCAGAAGACAUCAUUGGCGAGGGUCCUGGAGAGACGGAGGCUGGGGAUAAAGGUUCCAGGUGUGAGCAAGGGCGAGUGAGCAGCUGGAAUGUCAUUGUCGGGGAGAGAGCCCAGAGGAUGACCCCCAAAGUCUGCAGUGAUGACUUCGAUAUCUUUACCUGGUCCUCCAACAGGGAGCAUCCUGAUAGUGGGAGGAGAGGCCCAAGGAAGGAUGCCCUCAGCAGCGGUCCUGGUGAUGGCCAGCCAGCCAGCAGAGGAGACACCAGGUCCACGAGGACCCCGCCAUGGCCCCGGUGGCACAGUGAGCAGGAGCACAUGCUGCAUGAGUCAUGGAACUCGCUCAGUGCCUUUGACCGCUCCCACCGGGGGCGCAUCUCCAACAUGGACUUCCAGGGGGACAUCCUGGAUGAGUUCCUGCAGCAGCAGAGGAGCAGCCGGCACAGCGACCAGCCGCCCCCGUGGAAGGAGCAGAAGCCAGAGCCCACGGAAGAGGAGGACGACAGCUCCACAGGGACAGAUGACGGGAGUGAAUUUAAAAUCCCUGUCUUGCCUUAUGGCCAGCACUUGGUCAUUGACAUCACAUCCACAUGGGGGGACAGGCACUAUGUUGGCCUUAACGGAAUAGAAAUAUUCAGUUCUAAGGGAGAGCCAGUGCAAAUUGCAAACAUUCAAGCAGACCCCCCGGACAUCAAUAUUUUACCAUCCUAUGGGAAAGACCCCCGGGUGGUCACCAACCUCACUGAUGGGGUGAACAGGACCCAGGACGACAUGCAUGUCUGGCUGGCCCCCUUCACACUGGGCAAGGCCCACUCCAUCUCCAUCGAUUUCAUGUACCCUUGCCAAGUUGCCCUGAUCAGGAUUUGGAAUUAUAAUAAAUCUAGGAUACAUUCCUUCCGUGGUGUGAAGGACAUCACAAUGCUGUUAGACUCGCAGUGCAUCUUUAAAGGAGAAAUUGCCAAGGCCUCAGGAACCCUGACUGGAGCCCCAGAGCACUUUGGCGACACGAUCUUAUUCACAACUGAUGAGGACAUUCUCGAGGCCAUAUUCUGUUCUGACGAAACAUUUGACGUGGACGUGGAGAGCCUCUGCAGCCUGCAGUGCGAGGAGAGGCUGAGGAGGCCCAGCACGGCCGACGGCGACGGGGAGGAGAGGCCCUACACCCAGGCUGGCCUGAGGGCCGAUGACCAGGCCCCAGAACUAGAGCUGCCACCCAGUCCUCCUAUCCCUGAAGUCACCACACCAGAGCCAGGCAUCUACCAUGGGAUCUGUCUUCAGCUGAAUUUCACUGCCUCCUGGGGGGACUUACACUACUUGGGGCUCACGGGCCUGGAAGUGGUGGGCAAGGAUGGCCAGGCACUGCCCAUCAACUUACACCAGAUCUCUGCCUCCCCCAGAGACUUGAAUGAUCUCCCUGAGUACACUGAUGACUUGCGGACUCUGGACAAGUUAAUUGAUGGGGCCAACAUCACAAUGGAGGAUGAGCAUAUGUGGCUGAUCCCCUUCUCACCGGGGUUGGACCACGUGGUCAUGAUACACUUCGACAGAGCCGAAAACAUCGCAGGCCUGCGCUUCUGGAACUACAAUAAAUCUCCCGAGGACACAUAUCGAGGGGCCAAAAUCGUCCAUGUCUCCCUGGAUGGCUUGUGCGUCUCCCCUCCAGAGGGCUUCCUCAUCAGGAAGGGGCCAGGCAACUGCCACUUUGAUUUUGCUCAAGAAAUCCUCUUUGUGGACUACCUGCAGGCUCGCCUAAUGCCCCAGCCAGCCCGGAGGCUCGAUGGGAAAAGCCUGGAGCGGGCGAGCAUGGACUACGAGGCGCCCCUGAUGCCCUGCGGCUUCAUUUUCCAGUUUCAGCUCCUGACUAGCUGGGGCGACCCAUAUUACAUCGGUCUUACUGGCCUGGAGCUGUAUGAUGAGUGGGGAGAAAAAAUUCCUCUGUCGGAAAACAAUAUCGCCGCCUUCCCGGACAGUGUGAACUCCCUUGAAGGCGUGUGCGGGGACGUCCGGACCCCCGACAAGCUCAUCGACCAAGUGAAUGGCACCGGUGAUGGCAGGCACAUGUGGCUGGCCCCCAUCCUGCCGGGCCUGGUGAACCGGGUUUAUGUGAUUUUUGAUCUGCCUACUACGGUGUCAAUGAUCAAACUGUGGAAUUACGCGAAAACACCCCAUCGAGGGGUGAAGGAGUUUGGCCUCCUGGUGGACGACUUGCUUGUGUACAACGGGAUCCUGGCCAUGGUGGGCCACCUGGUUGGGGGCAUCCUGCCCACGUGCGAGCCCACAGUGCCAUACCACACCAUCCUCUUCACCGAGGACACAGACAUCUGCCAGCAGGAAAAAUACACCACCAUCAGUAAUCAGGUAGAGGAUCAGGACAUCCAGAUGAUGAAUGAAAACCAAAUCAUUACCAACUCAAAAAGGAAGCAGAGUGCAGUUGACCCAGCCUUACGCCCCAAAACCUGCAUAAGCGAGAAGGAGACAGCGCGACGCUGGCACUGCUGACCGAAGAAGGGGGAGCUGCUCCUCUCAGCCAGCACAGGGUUCUGUCAUUGGCCCCCACUCAGCAUCCACGUUCCCCACCCUCAUUGCCGUGCAUGGGCCAACCUGGACUCCAGAGGCUGCAAGAGAGCUGCAGUGUAGAGAGGAGCUCUCUGAAGAGGGGGACUUGUAUGGGAUGGCCUUCCACCCUUCCCUGGGGCUGGCUGCAGGGAGCCCAGGACACCUGGCUUGUGCAUCUCCUGUAAGAUCAUCAAAGCAGGGCCCGCAUUCAUUCAGGCCUGUUGCAGAGCCUCCGGGCUGGGUCUGAGUCAGGCCAGGAUAGUGAGGGGGACUGAGGAGGCAACCCUCCAGCCCCACGCAUGGGCACACAGAGCAGGGGAACCAGGCCUCACACACCAGCACCAGCAUGGGUGGGAUGUGACAGGGAGGCUGUGCCUUCAGAGGCCCAAGCUGAGGCACCAACAGCUCCCCUUCCCCAGACACACACCUCAUUUGGGGGCUGGUGGAGUGGCUGAAAGGGCAGGAUUAUUCUCUAGAGUCCCAAAUGUCUAGCCAGGACUUAUACAACCCCUCACUCAUCCCAAGUCCCACCCAGGCUCAGCUGAGAAGGAAAACUACCCUCAGAGAAGCUGGUCGUGCAGAGGCCUCUGUCUUCUUAGAAAGCCUGAGCAGGGAUUGGCCAGUGGUGUGUGUCCUGCUGAGGAAAGGAAGGGGCUGCACCCACCUGCCUUCCAGAGACAGGUCCACCCUAGCACCCACGGGUGCUGGUCUCUGUGGUGCUUCCAGGCAGACAGGACAGGCAUGCGAGCAGCAUCAGACACCAGAGGGCCAGUGAGGCCCGUCCACAUGCCCUCUGAACAUGGGCUGGGGAGCCAGUGGGCCAGGGCCACAACCCCACCGUUGGGGCCUGAAGGCUACCCUCUUCCACGUGAACUGUGUCUGGAGGAAGGCGGCCCCCCUGCCCUCCCCAGUGUCCCUGUGGCCCCAUCAAGGCUUUUCUUGCUUGCUUUCUUCUUUUUGGUCCAUCCCCUGUGCCCUUGGAGUCAGGAGUUAGGUUCUUGCUGCCCAGGCCUCCUCUCCUUUUCCCUCUUCCAGCAGCUUCCCAGCAUGUUGGAAGUGUGCCUUGCACCCCCAGCUGAGUGAAGCUCAGAAGGCAUCUAUUUCCAUCUAUGUAACAAGCUCAGAUCAGGGACCUAAUUGGUUUCCCAGUGGUGGGUAAUUUCUCGUUCCAAAUAUUAAUCCGUUGUUUUCCUGGCGCCCAGCCCAGCCCCGCUGCAGUACUGUACUGAACGAAGUACGUUCCUAUGCAACCGAGAGCCCCAGCAAAUACUUUAUGAGCUUUGCAGCUCGGCGCGAGCAGCUAUGCAAAUGCACUUUUCAUUUGGAGUGUGGGGUCGAUGUGAAGAUAAGGAAUUGCUUCUCCCAGAGAAGAUCCAUCAUUUCUGCAGGUUGCAAGCCCCCAGCUUCUCUGUUCAUCUCUCAGAUGUGGCAAGCACCUUGGGUACCUCUGGGCUCCCAGGAGACCUGCAGCCCCGGGGACGGAUCACACCAGUGCUUAGUGACCAAACCCAGUGCCGAGGCUUCAAGGGGAGCUGGGUGUUCCACUGCCGGUUGAGGUGAGAGGCCCGGGCUCAGGUCAGAUUUGUCGGGGAGAUCACACACACACCUCUCCUGGGACCUUAGCUAAUGUUUAUAAUUGUAUGUACCAUGCAAUUUAGGAGGACAAAAAAGCUGUACAGGCAUUAACUCCAAAAUAAAUUUCUAUUUUUUUCUCUCGUAAAA